UGUGUAAUUUCCUUUCAGGUCAACCUAGGAAUAAUUGAAGAGGAUCCCAAGACCACACGGGGUAUGCACAAUAUCAUGACCAUCCUUGCCAAUUACAUCCCAGAGGGAUAUCCUGUUCCCUUCCAUGUGGACCAAAGAACCUUGCAGAUAGCAAACAGUUGUAAAAUGGCAGUAUCGACGGUGCCAGCCCCCGUGAAUAGGCUGCAUGAUCUCAUACCGGUGCCCCAAGAUUUUCACUUCAGAUCCGUUGUGAUUCAGGAUAUCGUAGCUGAACUGUUCACGCCAACAAGCCCUACCGAAGAGGGUAGUCUGAAGCAUCUGAAAGAAUACUUCGGGCACGACAACAUGAACGAAAAGGUUACCAGCUUAAAUCACGCUGACGAUUUCUUACUAUUCAUCACGUGUGCUUUUGUGGUUGGAUUUGCACUGCAAAUCAUACAAGAUACCCAGACCCCAAUUAAAGACGUCAAUGGAUCAUCGAUGUCUACUCCGAGCCUAUCUGUGGUAGCAGAUGAAGUGGUACGGCAAAUAUGGCAUCAGAUUCCCAUGAAUAGGGUGGCUGAUGUCGUGAAUGCGACUGCAGAGGGUCAUGAUGACAAAUGGUGCUUCUGCAAGGAAGAUAUAGAAAAUGCCAAAAUGGUGGAAUGUUCCAAUGUUGAUUGCGAAAAUGGGAAAUGGUUUCAUGAAGACUGUGUGAUGAUUCCAAAUACAGAUGACACUGGGUGGUACUGCACCCCUGCAUGCGAGGAUUCGGAUAAUGGACAGUACUGCAUCUGCAGGAAGAAAGGGGAAUCCCUCACGUGGCAAUGUGGAAAUAAACAUUGCGAACGUGGUCAAAGAUUUCAUCAUCGAUGUGUGAGAACAACAUCGCGUGUUACACAAGGAAAGUGGUACUGUUCUGAGGAAUGUUCCAAAGUGGCAGGAAAAAAUAAAAUAGAAGGUGAUGAACUCCUGGACUACAUCAAAAGGUGCACUUGGCAGUGUCUGUACAGCGAGAGCAUUCGAGAUGCAGAGAGGGAGGCCGACGGCGUGGCACUUAUGCGCCACUGGAGAAUAUCCAUGCCUGAAUUCUACCGCCUUGGGCAUGACAAGCAUUUUUCUGUUGGCCACCGCUUGCUAUCUGGUGUAGCCGGAUGUUUUCCUCCUCGCAUUGGGAAGGAGAUUGUUCACAAUCGAACAAUAAAUCUUUAUGGAGGUUUAGGGCGGAACCUUGCUCUUGACUUCUUCAUGGAGCAACUUCACCACAGAGCAAAGGGAAUGAUCAAACACAGACUUGGUGGAUACACAGCAAGGUCUAGAGCUGCAGAUGGGAAAUUCGAGAGAACACGCAGAAUGAGUCUGGACAGACUCCUUUCCCAGCAAAUAAGUCAGAUGCGACAUGUUGAUAGCGGUGCCUCAUCGAAGUCUGUGAGGAAUCCACGGUUCAAGCGAUAUAAAGUGGAUGUGAAAAAGUUUGCGAGCAAGUUUGGGUACCUCUUCAAGGAAGUGAAGGGUCGAAGCAUCACAUGCCAUAAGUAUGAAGAGCUCAGCACCGAUCAGGCAGUGGCAAUGAAGGAGACACUUUGUGACUUGAACAAAAAAAUUGACAAAGAGGAAAUUUCUCAGACAUAA